GCGAGAGAAGACGGGCAUAAGUUUACAUAUUUAUGUAAAUAUUUCAUGUGUAUAUAACCCCUCUAUGUUGUGUGCUGAGCGAACACAUCUGUUAUUAUAAAGUACGUUUACAACUCGACUUAAAUACACAUCGGAUCGCUAAGAUGAGCUUAAAACGCAAGAGUAUGGAUCUCACUUCUGCCUGUGCGGAUGCCUUUUACUCGUGUGCGUAUCAGAACGAAGAGGGAGCUCGUAAGAUUGGUCGUUUCGACUCCAACAAUCGCUAUUACCAGCAGAUGUCCGAUGUGCAUACCAGCAACUCUCCCGAACCGAACUGCGGCUUUUCUCAGCAAGCUUUUCAGCAGUCACAGCAUAUGCAUAUGGAGUACAGUUUAUCUGCCGUACCACAACACCGUUUCAUUACGUCUUCCUGCUCGUACUAGUUGACAGUGUUGGAUCAUAAUAUUGCUAUACCUAUAAUUAGCCGGCUUUGCACCUCGGUCUGUUAUCGGUGUUCUCCACAGAAUCGAAACCUCACAAUAAAGUAAAUGUUCUCACGUGAGAGGAAAGACGCUACAGAUGCUUCCGGCAAAACACCAAUUUUGGCUGUGUAAGGGUCGGGACUGAACUUCCAGGAGGAUUCUUUAAGCCCUGCAGCUUCCACCGUCUCAGCUGCCGUCCUUCCCGCGUAAACCCGGGCCGUCAGUGUCAUUGAUUUGAUCUCCAAGGGCUUGUUUCUAUACUUUUGCGGACCAAAAUCCGCUCUUGCUACGUACUGGUCCCCAUAGCUGGAGAACGAUAUAUUUUUUUCUUUCCGCCUUGGUUUGCUAUUACUUGAUCACUGUUUGUAGUUUUCUUUGUUCGCCGUCACAGCUUCUCGUGGUAGAAGUCCAAGGUACACAUCUGAUUAAAGCAGAGAAUUUAGAAUGAAACUGACGCAUACGUUCUUGAAAAUAAAAUACUCUCAGGUAAAUCGCCGCUCAAAGUUGAGAACAUAGAACGAAUCGGACGCAUACGUGCAUAAAAUAAAAUACACUGAGUCAACCGAAAAUAUAAUAUACGGCAUUGACCGCAGUUUAUGAUGUCGAGUGUCUGAUUUCAACGCUCCCCCCUCCUGUUCCAUUUGUGUCAAUUUCCCGACCAGCUAACACCAGGGA